UACAAGUUGUUUUAGUUUGCUUUUGGCCGUCUUCCCGACGAGAUGAGGUGCGGCUGGCUCUUGCUGGCGUCUUGCGUGCUGAUUUUGGUAGAGCUGCUGACGAACGUCUCUUCAAUCUCUCCCCCUCUGUUCGAGGAUGAUUCGGGCUAUCCGCAAGCCACCGAGAACGAUUACAGCGAGAACGACAUCGACGGUUAUCUUCGACCCGCUCAGAAACGUUCUUCUUCUUCUUCCAUAAUUUACCUUUUCAGACGCGCAUGUGUCAGAAGGGGUGGCAACUGCGACCACCGACCCAACGAUUGCUGUUACAACAGCUCUUGUAGGUGUAACCUUUGGGGGGCGAACUGUCGAUGCCAGCGGAUGGGACUGUUUCAGAAAUGGGGAUAAUACGACCGCUAAGACGUAAAACCAGACCACCUGGCGAUGGUACCGGAGCACCUCCCCAACCAGAUAGUUAUUUUCGAUCGACCUAAAGUGUAGUGCUUUGGUACCAUCGUCUCGACGGAUCACUUCGGAUGAGACCGCUAGUUCGGACGAUCCUCCAGCAUUGGAAGAUCGUCGGAACGGAACGUCUCGGACUCAGGCGCGGAAAUUGGCCAAGUUAUUAUCCAUCGCGGAGCUGUCCAUACGUUAGAGGCAUAGCCAGUCUCGGCUGCUCUCCUACUGGCGGCCUUUUUCCAGCCAAGCCCCCAGUAGGUCCGCAAGUCCGACUUAAACAUAUUUCAUACACUUAGUUUCUAGGGUAUACGACGUAACUGUUGUAAUUUUGACAUCUGUGUGUGACGAACAUGUACGUCGUUCAGGAUCUUGUCAAUAUUAUAUCUAGAUUAAUAUAUCAA